AUGCCUUCGUACCUAAUCACCGGCGCCUCGCGAGGCCUUGGCUAUGAGUUUUUACGUCAAAUUUCUGAGAACCCGAGAAACACUGUUGUUGGCCUUGUUCGCAAUAAAUUUGAGACUGAGGCCAAGGUCAACGCACUUAACCGUUCCAAUAUCCAUAUCGUUCAAGGUGAUCUUGAGGACUUGGACUCACUCAAGAAAUCCGUUGACCAAGUGUCGGGAAUUGUGAAAGGGUCUCUAGAUUACCUCAUUGCAAACGCCGGUUACAUUUCUUCGUGGUCUGCCUAUGAUAACCUCAGUACACUCGGCGAUGACCCCAAGAGGCUCGAAGAAGACUUAUUGAAAUGCUUUCGCAUUAACACGAUUGGCAACAUCCACCUCAUCAACCUAUACUUGCCCCUAGUACUGAAGGGCGACGUGAAGAAAGUGAUUGUCCUUUCAUCGGGAUUCGCCGACGACGAACUUACCACCAAAUUCAACAUCGGCGAAGCAGGUCCAUACACCAUCAGCAAGUCGGCUAUGAAUACUGCCGUGGCCAAGUACAGCGCCGAGUAUGCAGAGCAAGGCGUUCUAUUCCUAUCUAUUGCUCCAGGAGCCGUUGAAGUUGGACAGGACGCAGGAAUUACCGAGGAACAAAUCCCCAAGGCGAUGGCUCUAGGCGGGAAGUUUGCGGGUUAUGCGCCUCAUUUCAAAGGCCGUACUAUGCCAGAAGAGUCAAUCAAGGACAUGCUGUCUGUCAUUAACAAGGCAAGCCUCAAAGACGGAUAUGGUGGUUCAUUCAUUUCGCACAAGGGAAACAAGCAGUGGCUUUGA